AUGUCAGAAGUUCUUACCCCUAGUGAACUUGAACUCGCAGAAGCAAAAUCAAAGCGAAUAAGCAACUGGGUAUCUCAAACUCGACAACACUCCCCAGUCAACGCUUUCAGCCCACCCACGCCCCCACCAACCGUCAUUGAAUCCAAGCGAAUUCGCUCACACACACAUUCUCCCCACCACCGUCUACCCCUGGUGAUUCUGGAUCCAACUAUCAUGAGCAACACUGUAUAUUCCAGACAUACAAUACCGUCUACUGACCCAAGGAUGUCUGGGUACCAUUCACCCCCCAUGGCAUAUCCGUCAUCGCCUAGCUAUCCUCAUCAAUCAUCCACGAUGCCAGGACCUAUGAUUCCACCUUCUGCUCCAUUUAAUCAACAGUCUUUGCAAUCCCCAAUCUAUCCAGGGAACAUGUUUUCUCAUCCAAGCGGCAUGGUACCAUCAGGAGGGUAUGGCCAAACAGGGAUAUCCCCCGGUAUGCAGCCUAACCAUGAAUUCGCGUCCUUGGGGCGCGACGAAACUGGUUCUAUUAUCGCAGAACCUGUGCCUCCAAUGUCUGCUCCUGCUGGGACUGGCAGUGGUCCGCAUACGCUUCCUGGGCAGAUGCCAAACCCGAAUGUUAUCGUCAUGGACGACUCCCCGGGAAGUAACCGAGAUAAGGAUGUGCCAUUGGCCGACGAUGAGCGGGCAAUCCCGCCCGACUAUGUUCCAGCGUCUCCAGGUCCCGACUCGCGCUCGCAUGAAUCUAGCAGUCUGCCAGCGCGGUCGAGGGCUCGACCUAAUGGAAACACAGCCACGAAUCCGACGAAUUCAAGUCAAAAUGCGCCGCCCGCGAAUCCGCUUGCUAAUACCAAUCUCGGUGCAAAUCCGUUGGUGCAAGCCGCCGAGGUAGCAGCUGCAAAUUAUGUGCAGGGUCAUGGUCAUGGCCACAAACACAAGCACGGACUGAAGCAUGAAAUUGGACAGGCGGCGCUGGAUGCGGUGGUGGGUGGAGUUUCUGGACAGGCUCAUACAGGGGCAGGGAAUGCAGCAGGAAGUUCUGUUGCCCCUCCCUUGAUGCACGCCGCUGAGUCUGGCCUAGCAGGGUAUGCGUCUCAUGCAGGGGCUGGGAAUGUAGGAAGUUCUAAUGUCGCACCUUUGGUGCAAGCCGCUGAGUCCGCCCUAACUGGAUACGCACACGGGCAAGGACAGUCGAUGCAGACACAACUUCAGGGUGGAUCUCAUCAACGAGCACCGAUUCUCAAUUCCAGCAGUGGGCACCACCACCACCACCACCACCAUGGACAUGACCGCGACCACGACCGCGAUCACCACCACCACCACGGACACGGACACGGACAUGGGCAUCACCGCUCCUCCUCACAUCCACACUCUCACUCUCAUCAUCAUCACCGUCAUCCAACCGUGUACAGUCGGGACUUUGCAACAUACAGCCCUGCAUCUCCCACUGGUGUUCCUGCUACGACGGUUGCGCCGGUUACCUCUUCGUCACGACCGGUGUUCUCUAGACAUCGCUCGCGCUCGAUUGACGAUCGUGACUUGCAGCGGUCGAUGGCCCGAACGCGGGCACGCUACGACGAUGGUGCAGGAGCAGGAGGUACUGGUGGGUAUGGAAUUGGUGUGUAUGGUGGUACCCACGGAGGAUACACUACAGGAUCGGGCAAUGCUGGGUAUCCGAUUGGAACGAGUGGUUCACAGGGUGUAUAUGGUGGUACAAAUGGUAAUGGUGUGGGGAACAAUGGAUCGUACCCUCAAACCAUCUACCCAUCGUCCACACAGCCGACUGUGGUCCCGGUGAAUGAUGGAAAAGGAGGGUGGGUCAUCGUCCCUCCUCCAGGAAAAAAUCUGCAUAUAGUUGACUCGCAUAAUAGGACUUUGUAUCACUCCGGUGGACACGGUGCGUCGACACAAGUGCAUCCGAACAAGCUGCGCGCGAGGUCUUCCUCCCAGCCCAGAGCUGCUGCCGUGCCAUCGCAGUCAUUCUUCUCGAAAUUCUUCGGGGUAGGGCGGAGGAACGGAGUCAGUCGCGAAAGAGGUAGAGCACGGAUGGUGCAACCCCAGCCUGUACAAAAAUCUCUGGUUCCCGUACAAUCCGUUGCUCGUCUUAUGGCUUUGUAA